UACGUACGUGAUUCUGCCCUGUACAUACUAUCGAAAUCGAAAGCAAUCGAAGGCUGAGCUGAUGCCAAGCGGUAACGCUGUCGUCUGCCAAUGUCCAAAGCGUGUGUAUACUUGUUGCACGCGGCUGCGCACCCGGUACGCGGUGGAAAUUCGAAUCAUUUCAAGUUGUCGUCAGUCGGUGGUGUCUGGUGGUGUCGUCGGCGUGUUUGGCGGGUUCGGUGGAUGGCGGUUGAUUUCGUUUGCGAUUCUCCGUGCGUGCUCGGACAUGCUCGUGACGUAUCGACACCGAGGAGAUACACGUUGAAAAUAGGAAAUAUGAGGAAACGCGGUCUUUAUAAUUCUUACCAUUCUCAUACACCGAUUGAAAAUGAGCAGUUCGAUCCCGUUUAUGAGCACGAUUUGCAAAUGUACGUCGUUCCUCCCGCGCGUGGAAAUGUACGACUGGACGAACUGUACAAAUGGAGCUUCGACAGAUUAAGAGUUCUCGGCUACGUCGCCGAGGUAGAGAAAAAGCGUUUAAAGUUUGCUCUUCGCCUGCCUGCCCUAUUACAGUUGUUGGAGCAAAACAAUCUUACCGAGUUCGCGACGCUUUACAACGUCCAUUCCGACUGUGACCCAUGCAUAAGAAAGCGUCUCGUUAUAUUCGACGGCAUGGCGCAUUUCCUUUUAAAGUCCGCAUUUGCUUUUGAUACGAAGAAAAUCAGUUGGUUCGUUAGACAAGAAGUGAACUUGUUCGCGUGGAGACUCUGCUCUUUUCCAUUGACCAGCGUCCGCCGUUUCAUGAAGCUGAACGAUAUCACGUAUCCUACGAUUUCUAUGGAAGAAAGGAGAGAGAUAAGUCAAGCAUUGGAAUCGUAUCGUACACCCAAGGAAGUGGAAGAGAUGAAUUUUUAUAAAGUAUACUUCACUCACGUGAAAGAUUUAGUCGCCCACGGACAGGUGUAUCUGAGACACGGAACGGCCCAUGUGCCAGAACCCAAAAUGGGUCACCCCAUCGUACACAAUUUUUCCAAAAAGUUAAAAUUCAGCGCGGCUCAAGGACGAUGGGUACACGGCAUGAAUUCCAGCGACGAGAGAUUUGCCACUUUGACGAAGCUACUUUUAGAAUCCGCGGAAGGAUAUUUCAAACGGACCGAUAAUCCAGAUGAAAUAACGUAUGAAGACUUGGAUUCGUUGUCAAAGAGAUCGUACCCACUGUGCAUGAGAAUAGUACACGAGGCACUGAGACGUGAUCAUCAUCUCACGAACGGCGGUCGCGUGCAAUACACAUUGUUUCUUAAAGGAAUCGGCCUUCCGUUUGACGCUGCGUUUCGACUGUGGAGUACGGAAUUCCGUCGAAUCGUGCCUCGGGAGGAAUUUGAAACAGAAUAUAGAUACUACGUCGAACAUUUGUAUGGGAGGGUGGGAAGGAUGGCGGAUUAUCAGCCUUUUGGAUGUUCGAAAAUAAUAGACACGGUUCUUCUUCCAAGGGAUUGUCACGGUUGCCCUUACAAAUCUAUGUCGACUCCUUUGCUUAGAACAACACUUCAGGAACACGGUCUUCUCAAACUCGAUGUGGAGGAGAUAAUUGCGCUGACGGAACGGAGCGAACAUCUUCAGGCGUGCAAGAGGUAUUACGAAGCUACACACGAAGUUGUUUUAAGUGCUCCAUUCAUGCAUCCAAACGAUUACUUUAGAUCCAGUUGUGAACGCUUCAGAGAAGCAGAGGAAUGGGCUGAAGAAGCUGAAGAGAAGAACCUCCUGUGAUCAUCCCGUGAAUGAUCAAAGAGACAAUUUUGGGAACGCGAAACUAUAAGGAAGAUCAGGGUUAGAAUUUUAAUUCAGUAUUAAAUAGCUAUUGGUAUCAGCGUUAAUAAGACGAGGUACUCGUCUGUUAUUUAAAAAUUGAUGAGACUGCAUUUUUUAUUUUUUGUAAAAAAAAGUGGGAUUGUUGAACAAAAUGAGUAUUUAUUUCUGAAACUAAAACUAAAAUUUCACAAAAUCUAAAGGAGGUUGCUCGUGGCGUCAUCUAGCGUUCACGGCUGCGAACCUGCUUGACUCCAAUAUGUACGGCAAUAUUUUUGCAGCCAUGAACGCUAGAUGGCGCCACGUGUAUGUGAAGCUAGCCCCCAAAAUUGCAGCCAUGAACGCUAGAUGGCGCC